AUGACUGACCCACGGUCGGUGGGGCUGGUUGGGUCAAUGCCACCGACCGCGUUCCUCGCAACUUUACAAUUACUCUCUCCCGACCACUUCGUGAAGCCUUAUCGAGAUUCUUACUAUCACCUACACUGGUGGGGGGUGAUGAAGAAUGGACUGAAAUCUGUCGAAGGGAUCUUCGACGAUUUCGUCAAAGACUUGAUGAAGAUCAUGAAUUAUAGGUUCCUGGGCGGGCAUCCACCUGGCCUGGCUGAAUACACACACCUCCUGAGCUGCGCAGAUGCCAUGGGAAAUGCUCCCCUCGCCAAUGAAAUAUGGGACGCCAUGUGCGACAACCAAGUCAGUCCAGACACAACAUGCUUCAACCAUUACAUGGGUGCAAUGACAUGGGACCACUGUUAUCUGGGAGAGGAGAGAUACAAACUUACUGUGACUCCUCACAGCUACAAGAAGAGGCGCAUGGACCAACCGAACGUUGGGUGGCGUGGAUAUGGCACUGCAAAACAUAGUGUAAGAAAGGUCGUCAUGAACAUUUUCAGUGACAUGAAUCAGUUCGGUCUUAUGGGCGACGAACAGACCUACAUUAACGUCAUCAUUGCCGCGGGUCGAGUUGGCGAUACAGAUGCUGUCUGUAACGUCAUUCAAACCGUGUGGAAUGUGGAUGUGGCGGCCAUCAUGAUUGAGAAGGAUAAUUCCAAGGUUCCACCAGUAACUUCAUACGAUACUUGGUCCGGAUUGUACCCAACACAGCGUCUUCUUUUUGCUGUGGCUCAUGUCUUUGGCACGAACUGCGACAUCCACGCUGCCAUACGGACAAUUGAGUUCCUCUCGUCAUCUUAUAACAUUCCCAUAUCCCACGAAGUGUGGUACGAGUUGCUCGAGAGAACAUUUGUUCUUUCCAAGACCCACAAGGGGAAACAGGCAAUGGUGGAGCGGCGGGGAACGGUACCCAAAGAGAUGGUAUACCAAGUGUUUGAAAUCAUGACAGCAGAGCCCUACAACGUCCCACCUACUCUGAGGGCAUACCGCCUCUUGAACCAAACAAGCGCAUUCCUUGGCAACUUUGAGAAGUGCCAAUUGGAAAUGCGCCAGGCAUACGAGAUCUACAGCAAGACCCGCACGAAACGAAAAGAGGCCCGAGACAUGGUCAUGCAAUGUUUGCAGCCAAUCCUGCGUGACAUGAGACAAAAGACAGAAAAGGGAUAUCUCAAUUCGAAACCCGACCCAUCGCUCUUCCAUUGUCCUCUCCUUGCCGAAGCAAUUCACGUCUACGACCUUCUCAGACUCGAAGUCUACCAGCAAACCGACGUGCUCAAACGCAUGGCAAACACAAUAUUCAUCGCAGAGGACUGGGACGACCUUUCAUACAAUGGCUGGGAUCGAGUGGAGCGUCCUAAAUUUCUUGAAGAAUGGCAAGACUUUCUUCCGGCCAAUGCAAAGUGUGAAUAUGGCCACAAGAGCGUAUUUUACUUCGGAGAUGAGUCACGCAUCAAAGGCCGAGGUGAAGAGAUGCAUGGCCUCAUCCACACGCGCCGUCUGCCAGAUCAUGUGGAUUUAUUCACUCCUGCUGAAGAAAAGGUUCUCGAUGAUAACAUGGUGUGGGAUCAUCUGCUAGAGCAGUGGCCUCAGUUGGAUCCGUCUGUGUCGCCGAUCGAUCGUCUCUUUUCUUUCCAGGUGCCGCCGAGUGAGGAGUUGAAGAUGAAACUUUCAAGUCUGGGUCGUCGAGUCAGUUUCAUGGCUGAGAAGGAAAAUCCUACAGGUGGGUUUUAUGCUCGUCUUAUAGAGAACGGGCUUGGGAAUGAUGUUCCAAGGACUAUAUUCUGGCGUGAUAGCAAUCAUUGGCUUCAGUAA